AUGCGGCGAAGCUGUAGUCAGGUGACCCUCUUGGUCGCCACAUCGCAUUACACGAGUUAUAUCCCUGUGGCUCCGCCCUCACUACAAGCCAGGCUCCUCCUCUUCCUGAGCCAGCGUUUCCAUGACAUCGAGACUCUCCUCAGCUGGAGCUCCUGGUUCAAGAACCGAGGUCUACGUCAGCAGAAUUUUUUCUAUGGUUACACCCAGCAGAACUAUGGGGACAACGUUGCAGCUGCUUAUUACAUCCUUAGCCUCAAGGGAGGAUUCAGGUUUGCAGGACAGUCAGAGUGGUUCCGAUCAGACAGAAGAGGGAAGUUCAGCUGGGAUUUCAUGAACCGCCGGGACAGUGCCAUAGAGGAAAUGGAUGUCAGCAACACACUCAUUAACUACACAGGCCUAGAAAACCUGGACAAAAAGGGCUUCACAGGCAAGGAUAUUGCUGCCAGUAAGAUUGCACCUAAAUCAACCAUUUAUCGGAUCAUCAAGAACUUCAAGGAGAGUGGUUCAAUUGUUGUGAAGAAGGCUUCAGGGCGCCCAAGAAAGUCUCCUAAAGUUGGUUCAGCUGUGGGAUCGGGGCACAACCAGUACAGAGCUUGUUCAGGAAUGGCAGCAGGCAGCCAAGGGAGUGGGCUCACUCUCAAUUUUGUCUAA